AUGAACGACACGUGGCAGCCACAGCCUUUGUUACUUAAUGAAGUGAUUGCUCUAUUACAAGCCUAUAUGGUACCCAAUAAUCAGGUCCAACGGGAUUCCUAUCAACGUCUCCAGCAAUUUCAAAAGAAUCUCGAGUUUAAUCUCUAUCUCGUCCAUUUGCUCUGCUCUACGCAGACGGAACCCAAUGUUCGUCAAUUGGCUGGACUAUUGCUCAAACGGAACAUAAAAGCUCGUGAUGCCAGUGCCGUGCUGACACCCAAUGAAGCAGAAAUUCUCGCUGUUAUCCGACAUCAGACACUGCGGGUCUUAAUGGAUCCAUUGCCACCCAUUCGGAACACGGCUGGAUCUCUCGUUACGACAUUUGUGUCCCAAUUUACAUUCUUGGACGAGUGGCCUGAGCUUAUGCCGGAACUACUUGUUUUAUUGGAACAGCAGGAUGAAAACGCCGUCGCUGGAGCUUUUGGUGCACUUGUCAAAAUCUGUGAAGACUCGGCUUCGAAGCUUGAGAAUUCACCCAGUCGACCACUCAAUGCACUGGUGCCGAAGCUACUGCAGUAUUUUCACCAUCAGAACGCAAAUUUUCGCCGUGAUGCACUCGAGUGCCUUAACAAUGUACUCAUCUACAUGCCGAUGGGGCUGGUCGUGCAGAUGGAAAAUUUCCUGGCUGGUAUUUCACUGCUUACACAGGACCCAUCCAAUGACGUGCGGAAACUUGUGUGCAAGAGUAUCGUCAUCUUACUUGAGGUGGGUGUGCAGUAUCUUGUGCCGCACCUAGACAGCAUCAUCCAGUUCAUUCUACGUGCCAACCAAGACGAGGAUGAGAAUGUGGCCAUCGAAGCUUGUGAGUUUUGGGCGUCCUUUUGCGACCUGCGCGAGUUCAAUGAGAUUAAACCCAUGCUGCAGCCGUACUUAACACAGAUCGUGCCGCUGCUGUUCCAGCGCAUGGUGUACAGCGACGAGGACUUGGCCAAUUUCGAGAGUGAGGAGCAGAGCCAGGACGAAAAUGUGCCUGACCGACCGGAGGACAUUAAGCCUAUUUUCCACCGCAAGGCUGGCGGUGGCCUUGAGGGUGGCAGACUCGAUAACGAUGACGACGACGAGGACUACGAUGAUGAUGAUGAUGAUGACACGCUGCUGGAAUGGAAUCUACGUCGCUGCUCGGCUGCUAGCCUCGACAAUCUUGCGAACGGCUACGGUAACGACAUCCUUCCGACGUUACUGCCGCUGCUGCAGGAACGUCUUGCGCAAGAACAGUCGUGGCCGCUCGUGGAAAGCGGUAUAUUAGCGCUUGGUGCCAUCGCAGACGGUUGUUACAAUGGAAUCACGCCUCACCUUCCCCAGUUGUACCCGUUUCUGCUACAAAAGUUGGAGGACCCGGCACCACUCAUCCGUAGUAUCACUUGUUGGACACUAAGCCGUUAUGUGACGUGGGUCGUGGAGCAAGGCAACCACGAGGCGCUUUUCAAACCGCUUGUGGAAGGCAUGCUGAAGCGCAUUUUGGACCCGCACAAGAAAGUGCAAGAAGCAGCAUGCUCUGCGUUCUGCACCCUGGAGGAAGAAGCUUGUGAGGAGCUGGUGCCAUACCUUACGCCUAUUCUACAGAACCUCAUGUAUGCCUUUGGCAAGUACCAGGCGAAGAACCUGCUUAUUUUGUAUGAUGCCAUUGGAACGCUCGCAGACUCGACCGGCGAGCACUUGAACCACCCUGAGCUGAUCAAGAUCCUUAUGCCUCCACUUAUUGCGAAGUGGAACAGCCUAGACGACCGUAGCCGCGAGAUUCUGCCGUUGUUUGAGUGUCUGGCGCCUGUGGCCCAGGCACUGGGUAACGGCUUUCAAGAGUUUGCGAUGAACGUGUACGUUCGUUGUCAGCGCAUCGUGGAAAACGAGCUGCUGGCUGACGCUAUGUCGGAGCAGAACCCUGACGAGUUUGACGAGGGUGAUCCGGAGCUGAUCGUGUGCGCUUUGGACUUGAUCUCGGGUAUGAUUGAGGGUCUGCAGCACAACAGUGAAGCACUGCUGAGUGGAUCAAACAUCCUGAACUUGCUCAGGAGCUGCGUGCGCCACGAUGUGAUGGAUGUGCGCCAAAGCGCCAUGGGUGUUGUGGGUGACCUGGCUAAACACGCGUCGAACAUGCUCCGCCCCGGUCUUGGCGAUCUGCUGCCGGUGUUGAUUGAUAACAUUGACGCAGACUUGCCUACUGUGUGCAACAAUGCAAGCUGGUCAGUAGGCGAGAUUGCCAUCCGUAUUGGUGCUGAGAUAGAACCGUUUGUCGAGAAUUGCUUGGGUCGCUUAAUUGGCAUGGUCAAUCGCCCGAAAUUGCCGCGUAACCUGGUGGAGAAUUGCGCGAUUACUAUUGGCCGACUCGGAUACGUGUGCCCAAAUGUGGUGGCGCCGCAUCUGCAGGAGUUUGCCAAGCAAUGGUGCCGUGCUCUCGCGCAUGUAAGGGCACUGGAAGAGAAGGAGCAUUGCUUCCUGGGUCUGUGCUACAUGGUGAAGGCGAACCCGAACGGUAUCAUCGCUGACUUCAUGUUCAUGUGCGGUGCCAUUGCUUCGCUAGAGGGUCAGCCGAUACAGCACCCAGAGUUGAAGGAAAUGCUGUACCAGAUUGUGCACGGCUUUAAGACGAGCCUCGGCGAGAACUGGACGACGUACUUUGCGAGCUUUCCUGAGCCUCUGCAACAAUUCCUCACCACGCGCUUUAACGUGUAG